AUGAUCACAGGGCUGUUGAAUAUGAGUAUGGGACUUAAGAUAACUAAGGAUUGCAACUUUUUUAUUCAUCAAAAUCGCGGAUACGUCAAAAAAUUUGGACUUCCGACGCCUAUUCAUAACAUUACCAAUAGCUACAAAAACAUAAGGCAAAUUAAUUCUCUGAGUGCAGAGGAGGAAGAAAAGCUCGAGGAUUUGCUUGGAAAAAAAGUUUCACGUUUGUCUAAAAAAGAGUUAUUGGACGAAAUUAUAAACGAGAAUGACCCCGUGGUGAAUAAGAUUAUGGGCGACAUUUUCGACAUAAACAAUCUACCAUCCCUUGAACGCACAGAAACUUUACAAACAGUUUCACGUUUGUCUAAAAAAGAGUUAUUGGACGAAAUUAUAAACGAGAAUGACCCCGUGGUGAAUAAGAUUAUGGGCGACAUUUUCGACAUAAACAAUCUACCAUCCCUUGAACGCACAGAAACUUUACAAACAGAUGAUACAUAUGUGGAUGAUGAGAUUGUUGACAAGGAUUUUUACGACCCUACCGUGGGGGAAUUCAAAAUGAAAUACACAAAUGAAGAAGAACGUAUUAAUAUCGCCAAAAAUGCAGUAGCGCAUAUAUUAGAAGAUAACAUGGUACUAGUGGUACCUAUAAAGAAGAUUAUAGUAAAAAAUGAGCACAUAGACACGCUUUUUUGGCGAGAUUCUCAUAAACAUAUCGAAAUUUGGAUUCCCCUGAGGCAUAGCAUUAGUUGUAAAGAUUUAAAAAUUAACUUUUCAACUAAAGAUAUCAAGAUAACAAAUGGUGAUUUGACUUUGUUGGAACUGCCGUUGCCUGGACCAAUUCGUGCCGAUGAAUGUGUAUGGGAGAGCGAUAAUAGAUCAUUUCCAGAGUUACCAAUUGAAGCCCUGCAGACUCUACACAUUGUACUUACGAAGCGUGCAUCCCAUGAACACAUUUGGAAGUCCCUUCUCCGCAAAUAA